GAGGUGGGGAGGGAAGAGUCUUGGAGGAACUCAUGGUUAGGGCAGAAUAUGGAACCCUACUCUGGAUGAGGCCAGGCCUGAUCUCUUAGCUCUCCAGGGGCCCUUGCUCAAACUGACCCAAUAUAUCCAGACACCCAUAGUACCACCUCUCCCUCAACAGCCUGGCCCAAGCUGGGAGGCCUUCCUAUGUGCUUUAGUGGAAGCAGCUGGUCAGGAUGAGGACUUAAAAGGGAGGGCCACAAGGAAGAUGCAGCUGUGGAGGUGAGCAGACCGGAAGAGCCAAGGUUCGCCCAGCCCGCUGUUUUUUCAUACCAUGUGGCCCUUCCUGAGCAAUGAUCUCUUCCCUCCCCCUACUGAAGCCUGGCUCCAGAAGGUCUCCUCAGAUCCUGAGGCCCAAGGUUGGGGGGCCUGGGGCAUGGCUGAAAAGACCCCUUUGGGGCCAAGAGCUGAGAGGAGAGCAGAGAGUGAUGAGGAAGCCGAGGAAAAUGGAGAUGCAGGCUUCCUGCUGACCAUGCUGAAGCAAGAAAACCUGGCCGAGUCUCCAGUAUACAACCAGGAGUUGGAGGCCAUCAAGCUGAAGCUGUGGGCCAUGGAGCAUGCUGACACCCGACAGGAGCCAUCCUAUGUACAAAGAAGGGUCACAGAGGAAGAGGGGGCUGAGGCCAGACAGCUGCUGAGCCCUGAGACCAUAGGCUACUUCUUCCCUGGGACCCCCAAGGAAAAGGUGGAGGCUGACCACAGAUCUGUCUAUGUGGGCAACGUGGAUUAUGGAGGCUCGGCUGCUGAGCUGGAGGCCUACUUCAGCCCCUGUGGGGAGAUUCACCGGGUCACCAUCCUGUGCGACAAGUUCUCUGGACACCCUAAGGGCUAUGCCUAUAUCGAGUUUGCUUCCCAGAGCUCUGUCCAGGCUGCUGUGGAUCUGGAUGAGAGCACCUUCCGAGGGCGGAUCAUCAAGGUACUUCCCAAAAGGACGAACUUCCCAGGAAUCAGCUCCACAGAUCGUGGUGGGCUGCGGACACACUUGGGCAGCAGGGCUCAGCCCUUCCUGCACGGUAGCCUCCAUCGAAGAUCUCGGUUCAGACCCCAUGGACAAAGCCGGGGCCGUGGACGCGUCUCACCAUGGUUCUCACCAUAUUGAAAAGAUGGCCCAGUUUCAAAAUGGGGCCAGGAGCUGGAUCAGGAGUAAACAGCGGUCUUCCCACUUACUCCAAACUGGUCUUCAAGCCUGGCAGCCCACAAGGGCCUUUGAAAGUGGCCUAGACCCCUGGGUCACAGUGGGAAGGCACAGGGCAGGGAAAUGCAGAGGGCAGGAGAGGAAGGGAAAGCCCAGGGAAGCUGGGAUCGGCAUACUCAAGUACUUUUAAAGAAAAACAGGCAUGUGUGUUAAUAGUAAAGCAUAAAUUAUUAAACUUGAAUAU